AAUGGGCUCUUUGGAACAUAUAGUGGUUAUAAUACACGAAGUGCUGGUUUUCCUACCUACUAAUAUACAGUUAGAUUGCAAUCUGCAAUAUUAUUUUGGUAAUGGAUAUAUCCUUUGUUUACAGCCAUUACAUGUUUCAGUUUUUUUACUGGUCUUCACUAAGCAACUUUUGCUGCUUAGUUGUCACCUGCAUCAGAAGGCAGAGAAUAACUUAACUUUACAUGAGAUAGGUGAGCCCAAUUUUAUUGAAACAAUAUUUUCCACUUGCAAUUUUGUAUUCAGAUUAACUAAAGGUUGUCCCCAAUAUUUUCUCUUCUCAGUAUAGCUUUCAGAGGUGAAAAGAGAAAAAGGAGAAAUAAAAGGAGGUAGCAGAUCACUCUGCAUUUCAAGUUGCUGACCUAGCCUAAUCAACAUGUCAAAUGUCAGACGUGUAUUGAGUUUGAUGUACUAACCACUACAACUUAUUGAAUAAGUAUGAAUUGGGUUUUUUACCAUUAACAUUUAACUGCUGCAAUGGAUAAGUACAAAUGAGGAUAUUUAGUAUUAACAUAUUACUAUCUUUUAUAGACACUUGUAUCAGUCUAUCUCCAUUACAGGUGUAACUUCUGUUGGUUUGUUGAUAUCACAAAAGGUAAAAGAAAAAGUCGCCUUAACUAUAAGUCUGUAACUGUACAAUAUGGCAUAUGGUUCAGGUAAUAUAUCUGUAAAGCUUUACAAAAUAUCUCCAAAUACCAAUCUAAUUUGUUGUCCAGAAUUUAAUCUUACUAAAGGAUAUCUUAAUGACUGAUAGGAGUUAGGACUUUAUCCAAUUUGGUAUGUUUUCUGGAGCUAUAUAAAUUUAGAUAAUUGCUUAUGGAACAAGUUUUCUGUAGUAGUAGAUGUUGUUCAAAUGAUCUGCAGUGCUCUACGAGUAAAUGGCUUUGUUCUUUAUUUUUGCUAAUAAGGGGUUGAAAGCAUGGCUGCACCAGUACUUUCUUUGAAAUUUAAAGGACAUGAACGCAUUUGUGGUACUCAACAGUUUGAUUCUCUAAUUUGACUCGGUCUCAUUAUGCAAUUGUUGUAAAUUGGGCAUGACCCAAGCUGUAUAAAAAGAGAAGGCAACUCGCCAUCAUGUACUUUUUGUUUAUUAUCCCCCAGUGCAGAAUAUAUACUUCAUUCCCGAACAUUUGAGUCAUCUACUAUCUUGCAAUAUCACUCUUCCUCUCCCUCCAGCUCUUUUGACUUGAGCGCAAUCCUCUCCAUUCCACUCUCCUGCAAGGCAGUCCCAUGCCUGAAGUCCAGAAAGUCCUUUGGUCAUGUGCUGCUCUUUCCACUCUGAGAAGCAGCAGCCACGAGACUAUUAAACCAAGGGAACAUCUGUUACGGUUCCUUGGCGGAGGCAGCAGCGCUGGCUGCCUUAGGAUGGGUGGUAUCACCGAUCAUCACCAAGUUCAUCAACCGCGCCUCAACCUACCUUGGCAAGGACAUGGUGUGUGAGCUCCAAGAACUGGAGGCCACCAUCCUGCCACAGUUUCAGCUGGUGAUCGAAGCAGCCGAGAAGAGUCCCCAUAAGGGCAAGAUCGAAAGGUGGCUGCGCAAACUGAAAGCAGCUUUCUAUGACACUGAAGAUGUGCUGGAUGAGCUCGAGUAUGACAUCCUCAAGCGUGUAGCAGAGAAAGGCGCACAAGCAUCGUUGAUGGUUGCCUCCUCUAAUUCCGUUCCAAAGCCUCUGCAUGCUGCAUCCAACAAGAUGUCCAAUUUGCGCCCUAAGAACAGGAAGCUAAUCAGCAAGCUCGAAGAACUGAAGGAAAUCUUGGUGGAAGCUAAGGCUUUUCACGAUCAGCUUGGCAUACAAGCUGGCAAUUCGACAGAACUUAUGGUCACAGCACCCAUCAGGCCUAACACCACCACUUCCUUUUCCUCAUCAAAUGUUGUUGGUCGCGACGAGGAUCGUGAUCGUAUAAUUGAUAUUCUCUGUAAGCCUGUGAAUGCCGGAGGUAGCAUGGCUAGGUGGUACUCAUCUCUGGCAAUUGUUGGAGUUGGUGGUAUGGGAAAAACUACACUAGCUCAGCAUGUCUACAAUGAUGAAAGGGUGGCUCAGUAUUUUGAUGCCAGGAUUUGGGUCUGCAUCUCGCGCAAACUUGAUGUGCAUCGUCACACGCAAGAGAUCAUUGAGUCCGCUGGAAAGGGCGAGUGCCCACGUAUUGGCAAUCUCGAUACCCUUCAGUGCAAAUUAAGGGACAUAUUGCAAGAAUCAGAGAAGUUCCUGCUAGUGUUGGAUGAUGUUUGGUUUGACGAAUCCAAAAGUGAGACAGAGUGGGACUGGGAGCAACUGUUAGCUCCUAUAGCUUCUCUGCAGAGGGGAAGCAAAAUUCUAGUAACGUCCCGCCGGAAUGCACUUCCAGCUGUUCUUGACUGCAAGAAAAUUUUUCCUCUGGAAAGCUUGAAAGAUACUGAUUUCUUGACAAUCUUCAAAAGCCAUGCCUUUUCUGGAGCUGAAACCAGUGAUCCUUGGCUGCGCGAGAAGCUAGAGAUUGCCAAGAAGAUCUCCAGAAGGCUUGGACAAUCACCGUUGGCAGCAAAAGCUGUCGGUUCUCAGUUGAGCAGGAAAAAGGAUAUAGCUACAUGGAGAGCUGCUUUAAAGAAUGGCAACUUAAGCGAGACUAGAAAAGCUCUAUUGUGGAGUUAUGAGAAGUUAGAUCCACGUCUUCAGAGGUGCUUUCUGUAUUGCAGCUUAUUUCCAAAAGGUCACCAGUAUGAAAUUGAUGAGUUGGUUCACCUUUGGGUGGCGGAGGGAUUAGUUGAUUCAUGCUACCAGAAUAACAGAAUGGAAGAUAUUGGCAGAGAUUAUUUCAAUGAGAUGGUGUCUGGAUCUUUCUUUCAACCAGUUUCUAAAACAUAUGUGGGUACACGGUAUAUUAUGCACGAUCUCCUCCAUGAUUUGGCAGAGGCACUAUCUAAAGAAGAUUGCUUCAGGUUAGACGAUGAUAAGGUGAAAGAAAUGCCAUCCACUGUUCGGCAUCUGUCUGUCUGUGUUCAGAGUAUGACACUGCAUAAGCAAAGUAUCUGCAAGCUACAUCAUUUGCGCACUGUUAUCUGUAUUGACCCACUCACGGAUGAUGGAACCGAUAUUUUCAAUGAGGUAGUGCGGAAACUGAAGAAGUUGCGUGUACUAUAUUUGUCAUUUUACAACACUACCAAUUUGCCUGAAUCCAUUGCAGAGCUCAAUCACCUUCGGUAUUUGAAUAUCAUCAAAACGUUUAUUUCUGAACUACCAAGAUCAUUGUGUACUCUGUACCACUUACAGCUACUUCAGUUAAACAAUAAAGUUAAGAGCUUGCCCCACAGACUCUGCAAUUUAAGCAAGUUACGGCACCUUGAAGCAUACGACAAUAGAAUAGAUAUAUUGAUCAAAGCAGAUUUGCCUCAAAUUCCUGACAUUGGCAAGCUAAGUUCGCUCCAACAUAUGAAUGACUUUUACGUGCAAAAGCAGAAGGGAUACGAGUUACGACAAAUGAGGGACAUGAAUGAGCUUGGUGGCAAUUUGAGAGUCAGAAAUCUUGAGAAUGUCUAUGGGAAAAAUGAAGCCUUAGAGGCGAAGCUGCAUCAGAAAACUCGACUUAAAGGCCUGCAUCUUUCCUGGAAACAUAUGGGUGACAUGGAUAUAGAAGGUGUUUCACAUUUCGAGAUUCUAGAAGGCCUGAUGCCGCCACCUCAAUUGGAGCGCCUUACAAUCGAAGGUUACAAAUCCGCCAUGUAUCCAAGCUGGUUACUUGAUGGCUCCUAUUUUGAAAAUCUAGAAUCUUUUAGGCUUGUUAAUUGCAGUGAGCUCGGAAGCCUACCUUCCAAUACGGAGCUCUUUGGGCGCUGCAUGGCACUAACCCUUUGGGAUGUCCCAAAUGUGAAGACAUUAUCUUUUCUUCCAGAAGGUCUCACAAGCCUAUCAAUUGACAGGUGCCCACUGCUUCUGUUUAGUACUAACAAUGAGCUGGAACAUCAUGAUCAUAGUGAGAGUUCUAUGAGGACGGAUCACCUGGCAAAACAUGUUUUAAUCGCGGAGGCAGGUUCUGGUUCAGACACUAGGAGCGCACUGUUGUCAGAACAUUCAUCUAUGAAGCAGUUGGCAACAUUGAUGUGUGCGGAUAUAUCGGAAAAUCUUCAAACCAUUAAAAGCAAUUUAGAAAAAGAGAGAGAUGAAGCAUUGGUGAAAGAAGACACCAUUGAAGCAUGGUUGUGUUGCCACAAGGAGAGGAUGAGAUUCAUUUAUUCAGCGAAGAGUGGGCUGCCGUUGGUUCCACCAUCAGGACUUUGCGAACUCUAUCUUUCUUCAUGCAGUAUUACAGAUGGAGCUUUAGCUCUUUGCAUUGGUGGCCUCACUUCACUUAGAGAAUUGAGCUUAACAAACAUUAUGACUUUAACUACGCUUCCAUCGGAAGAGGUCCUCCAACAUCUGGCCAAUCUCAAUUUCUUGGCCAUUCGUUCCUGUUGGUGUAUCAGAUCGUUGGGGGGCUUGCGAGCUGUCUCUAUUAAAGAAAUGAGAUUGUUUUCCUGCCCUUCUUUAGAGUUGGCAUGUGGCGCAGAGUUUAUACCAUUGUCCCUUAGGAGACUAUGUAUAUACAGGUGCGUUGUUGGAGCCGACUUCUUCUGUGGUGAUUGGCCGCAGAUGAGGGAAAUUCUCUUAUGCCAGUGCAGAAGCUCUGCGUCCUUGCAUGUUGGUGGCCUAACCUCCCUUGAAUUAUUCGCACUAUAUCACUUGCCAGAUUUGUGCGUGCUGGAAGUCUCGUCAUCCCCUCGACUUCACCAGGUGCAUUUGAUAAAUGUUCCGAAGCUUACUGCCAAGUGUAUCUCACAGUUCCGUGUCCAGCAUUCACUCCAUAUUAGCAGUUCUCUGAUUCUCAACUACAUGCUAUCUGCUGAAGCUUUCGUACUUCCAGCAUAUCUCUCUCUUGAAAGGUGCAAGGACCCAUCCAUUUCAUUUGAAGAAUCUGCAAUUUUCACAUCUGUCGAGUGGCUGAGAUUAUCUAAGUGUGAAAUGAGAUCACUACAAGGAAAUAUGAAGUGCCUAUCCAGUCUAAAGAAACUCGAUAUCUAUGAUUGCCCCAACAUAUCAUCUCUACCAGAUCUACCGUCUUCCCUCCAGCAUAUAUGCAUAUGGAAUUGCAAACUCUUGGAGGAGAGCUGCCGAGCACCUGAUGGAGAAAGCUGGCCAGAUUUUAAGAUUGCCCAUAUCCGCUGGAAGGAAUUCAGAUGAAUUGUGCAUCAGAAUCACAACUACACAACAGUGGUUGCGUUGGUUGCUUGGUUAGUCUGAAGGAGAGGAAAAACCGGGUCUUUGAUUGUGGUGCCAAAUCCUGGCCGCGGCUAUUCGCUAAAAUUGCAGAAGAAGCAAAGCAAUGGAGCUUGGCCGGCCGGCCAAUUGUAGAGUUAGUACUACCAAGCAGUCUCUUUUCGUCGUAGGUCGUUUUCCAUACUUUGGGAGAUAUUGCUUUGUGUCUGUUCCAGCCUCUUGGUGUUCUGUAAACUCUCCUAUGAAAUCUUAAUACGAAUUAAUGGUGUGCACUGUUCAUACGCAUUCCCAAUAAAAGAAUCACAACUGCACCGGAACGGAAAAUUGAAGGUUC